AAUUUCAGGUUCAAGUGCUGGUGAUCUCUAACUCGCAGGAUGAUAUGAGAAUAUUCCUCAUCAAGCACCAUUUAACGGUCUCCAAUUCUGUUCAUUUCCACAUUUGUGAUUUAGCAGCUCAGACAAAUUAUCCCUCUCAUCUUGGUAUCAAUAAGUCACAAAAACUGAUAUUUUUAUUAUGGAAGCCCAAAAUCUACUGGGAAAGGUUCCCAGCCAAAAUACGUUUUUCAGUGGAUUGCUAGAAGUUAUCUUUCUGAUAACUUACACUGUUUACACGUACAUUCAUUUAGUGUACCGAUGGAUCCGCCCACGUCGUUUGAAAUCCCUCGAUGGUGAAGUCUUUCUUAUCACGGGGUCCGCUAGUGGUAUCGGCCGAGAAGUAGUUUACAAUUUGGCAACCAACCAUCCGCGUACCAUUCUAGUGCUUUGGGACUCCAACGAGUCGGCUAACCAACAUAUUGUUGACGCUGUUAAACUUCUGGGGGUCGAAGUCUUCAGCUACACCGUGGAUGUUACGAAUCGCGAGGAAGUGGAAGAGUGUGCCAGAAGGGUGUUUGACGAGGUGGGGUUCGUUAGCAGGUUGUUCAACAAUGCUGGAGUUGUAGGUUUAGGAGACCUGUUGAGUCAGACACCGGAAAAGAUCGAAAAAACAAUGGAUGUAAAUGUCCUAUCGCAUUUCUGGAUUCUACGCUCCUUCCUACCUCAGAUGAUCGAAAAUUUAGACGGUCACAUAAUUACCACAUGUUCUUUGGCAGGACAUAUUGGAUUGCCUUAUGACGUUCCUUAUGCGGCCUCGAAAUUUGCAGUUAGGGGAUAUAUCGAGUCUGUCAAAGCGGAAAUGCGCCUCCAUCCCCUGAAACCUAAAAUUAGAUUCACAACUAUUUACCCCAGUUUUGUUAACACACCCCUCAUUUCUAGAGUUGUUUACAAGUUCAAAAUGCAAUUCCUAUUUAAUCCUUUGGAGCCCCGUUACGUGGCUGAGAAGAUAGUUGAAGGCGUGAGGAGGAAUGAGGAGGAAGUGUUUGUUCCUAGAAUCGGAGAAUUCCUCGUCUUUUUGAAAGGAAUCAUGCCGAAACGAGCCUUCCAAAAGCUAAGCGACUCGAUGAUCGAGUCCCUUUAUUUCAAGGAGGAGAAAGUGCAGUAGUGGAGAAAGCAGAAUGAACAAAGAACUAGAACUGCUUUCAGCCUUGGAAACUUGUAAUUAACGAUGGAAUAUAUUUAUAGAUAUUUUAUUGUGGCAAGAGUUCAUUGGCCAUAUUCCAUGUAGAUUGUACUAUAUAAAAACAUUAAUAAAAAGUACGUAUUUCGUACGUAUUGUAUAAAAUGA